GGACCCCGGGAAGAAAAGAACAUGGCUCCCGCGGCCGAGGGCAGCGGCGCUCCGGGGCGCGCUGGGCGCCAGUGACCGCGAUGGUGAACUCCAACCGCGUGCAGCCGCAGCCGCCCGGGGAUGCGAAGCGCUCUCCCGCACCGCGAGCUCCGGGCCCGGGCCGGCUGGCUGCGGGAGGCGCUGCGGUGGGCGGCGGCCUGGCGGUCCCGGGAGGCCUCCGGGAGCAGCGGGGCCUGGAGAUCGAGAUGGAGCGCAUCCGGCAGGCGGCUGCGCGGGACCCCCCGGCCGGAGCCUCAGCCUCCCCUUCUCCUCCGCUCUCGUCAUGCUCCCGGCAAGCGUGGAGCCGCGAUAACCCGGGCUUCGAGGCCGAGGAGGAGGAGGACGACGACGAGGUGGAAGGAGAAGAAGGAGGAAUGGUGGUGGAGAUGGACGUGGAGUGGCGCCCCGGCAGUCGCAGGUCGGCCUCCUCCUCGGCUGUGAGCUCGGCGGGCGCCCGAGGACGAGCCCUGGGGAGCUACCGGGGCGCCGGGCACCCGAGCGGGAGGAGGCGCCGGCUGGAGGACCAGGGAGCACCGUGCCCCAGCCCCGCAGGCGGAGGGGACCCGCUGCAUCGCCACCUCCCGCUGGACGGGCAGCCGCCCCGAGUGGCCUGGGCCGAGAGGCUGGUGCGCGGGCUGCGAGGUCUCUGGGGAACAAGACUCAUGGAAGAGAGCAACACUAACCGAGAGAAAUACCUUAAAAGUGUGCUCCGGGAACUGCUCACUCACCUCCUUUUCCUCAUAGUCUUGUGCAUCUUGACCUAUGGCAUGAUGAGCUCCAAUGUGUACUACUACACGCGAACAUUGUCACAGCUUUUCAUAGAAACCCCAGUGUCUAAAACAGAGAAAGCCAACUUUAGAACUCUUUCUUCGAUGGAGGACUUCUGGAAGUUCACAGAAGGCUCCUUCCUGGAUGGGCUGUACUGGAAGGCACAGACGGGUAGCCGCACGCAGGCCGACAACCGGACCUUCAUUUUCUACGAGAACCUGCUGCUAGGGUUGCCUCGUCUGCGCCAGCUCAGGGUCAGAAACGGGUCCUGCUCCAUCCCUCAGGACUUGAGACAUGAAAUUAGAGAGUGCUAUGACGUCUACUCCGUGAGCAGUGAGGACAGGGCUCCGUUUGGACCACGAAACGGAACAGCGUGGAUCUACACGAGUGAAAAGGACUUGAAUGGGAGCAGCCACUGGGGAAUCAUUGCCACCUACAGCGGAGCAGGCUAUUACUUGGAUCUGUCCAGAACCAGGGAGGAAACGGCUGCUCAGAUUGCUGGCCUCCGGAGAAACUUCUGGCUGGACCGGGGGACCCGAGCAACUUUCAUUGACUUUUCAGUGUACAACGCGAACAUUAACCUGUUCUGUGUGGUCAGGUUACUGGUUGAGUUCCCAGCAACAGGUGGUGUGGUGCCCUCUUGGCAGUUUCAGCCUGUAAAACUGAUCCAAUACGUCACAGCUUUUGAUUUCUUCCUGGCAGCCUGUGAGAUUAUCUUUUGUUUCUUUAUCCUUUACUAUGUGGUGGAAGAGAUAUUGGAGAUUCGGAUUCACAGACUGCACUAUUUCAGGAGUUUCUGGAAUUGUCUGGAUGUUGGGAUUGUUGUGUUAUCCAUAGUUGCUAUGGUGAUUAACAUUUACCGAAUGUCAAAUACAGAGGUUCUACUACAGUUUCUCGAAGAUCAGAAUACAUUCCCCAACUUUGAGCAUGUAGCAUACUGGCAAAUACAGUUCAACAAUAUAGCUGCAGUCAUGGUAUUUUUGGUCUGGAUCAAGCUCUUCAAAUUCAUCAGCUUUAACAGGACCAUGAGCCAGCUCUCCACAACCAUGUCUAGAUGUGCCAAAGACCUCUUUGGUUUCACCAUAAUGUUCUUCAUCAUUUUCCUGGCGUACGCUCAGUUGGCAUACCUUGUCUUCGGCACUCAGGUGGAUGACUUCAGUACUUUCCAAGAAUGUAUCUUCACUCAGUUCCGCAUCAUUUUGGGUGAUAUCAACUUCGCAGAGAUUGAGGAAGCUAACCGGGUUUUGGGACCACUUUAUUUCACUACAUUUGUGUUCUUUAUGUUCUUCAUUCUUUUGAAUAUGUUUUUGGCCAUCAUCAAUGAUACUUACUCUGAAGUGAAAUCAGAUCUGGCCCAGCAGAAAGCAGAAAUGGAACUCUCAGACCUUAUCAGAAAGGGCUACCAAAAAGCAUUGGUCAAACUAAAACUUAAGAGAAAUACUGUAGAUGACAUUUCAGAGAGUCUGCGGCAAGGUGGGGGCAAGUUAAACUUUGAUGAGCUGCGACAGGACCUGAAAGGGAAAGGCCACACUGAUGCAGAAAUUGAGGCCAUAUUCACUAAAUAUGACCAGGAUGGUGAUCAGGAACUGACUGAACGUGAGCACCAACAGAUGAGAGACGACUUGGAGAAAGAGAGGGAGGACCUGGACUUGGAACACAGCUCUUUACCACGCCCCAUGAGCAGCAGAAGUUUCCCAAGAAGCCUGGAUGACUCUGAGGAGGAGGACGAUGACGACAGUGGGCAUAGCUCCAGGAGGAGGGGCAGCAUCUCCAGCGGGGUUUCCUAUGAGGAGUUCCAGGUACUGGUGAGGCGUGUGGACCGCAUGGAGCAUUCCAUAGGCAGCAUCGUGUCCAAGAUUGAUGCUGUGAUUGUCAAGCUUGAGAUCAUGGAGCGGGCCAAGCUGAAGAGGCGAGAGGUGUUAGGGAGGCUGCUGGACGGAGUGGCUGAGGAUGAGAGACUGGGUCGUGACAGUGAGGUCCACAGGGAGCAGAUGGAGCGCCUGGUACGGGAAGAGUUGGAACGCUGGGAAUCGGAUGAUGCAGCAUCCCAGACAGGUCAUGGUCUAGGCACGCAGGUGGGGUUCAGUGGUCCACCUCACGCCAGAAGUUCCCGGCCUCCUUCCUCCCAGUCUGCCGAGGGCCUGGAAGGUGGAGGUGGAAACGGAAGUGCCAAUGCUCACGUGUAAUACUCCAUGAGUGUUUGUAUGUGUGUUCCUGAGACAUGAUGAGGUGGUUGGCCAGUGUGGUAGUGACAGUUACAGUAUUUAUACGCCCAGCUACAUUAUGAUGCUGGUCUUUGUGACCAACUGCUAUAAUUUUCUGCACUUUAAUUUAUUUUACGUAAACUUUACCCAUGGUUCCAGGAGGAUUGUUUUACUUUUUCUCAUAUGAGAAAUCUAGAUGUAAAUAUUGAGUUCAGAAAACAAAAAAAAUCUGAACGUACACCCAGUGGCUUUCCUGCCCCAGUCUUCAGGCGAUGAUGACGCAUCCUUUAUAAGCUGUUCUGUCGGCAGUGGCAGUCCUGUGUAUCUCGGUAAGAAAAACCAAGCAUUGCUUUUGGCUCAAAAGUCAUUUGGGAGUUUACUACAAACGUCCAUCUAAGAAAGGAGUCUUACUUCACCAACCUAUCUGUGGUGAACUUUUCUAAAAAAUGAAGUAGUAAAGAACUCCAAAGCAGAGUCUGGAUUAUUGAAAUGCGUGUGAACAGUUGAGAUAGAAUUUAAGUGCUGUCCCGUUUUGCUAUUACAGUCUCAGUUUGUGGGACUAAACAUAUCAUUUAUUUUCUGUUUUUUUUUUAUUUAGCUUUUGUUGGACAUGGGGUAAGAAAAGUCAAAAAGAUAAAUUAUAGGAAAAUAUAUAGGAAAGAGCCUUAAUCUGUCACUAAACUUGACUGUUCAAUUCUUUGUUAGCAUAGAAAUUUCUCCAUUUUUCUUUCCCAUGUAUCUCAUUUACAGCUGAAUCUAAUAUUAAAGUAACUAAGGAAUAAGACAAACUUACUGAACAUUUUGGUAUGCAGUGAAAGUUUUAAUUUAGCAAUUAUGUACAUGUGAAGCAGUGUUGUAAGGAGGUUUUGAAGUACAUAAAAGCUCUGUAAGAGUAAA